CGGAGCCGCGGCGGGGCGGGAGCUGCUGCCCGUACUCAAGAUGGCGGCCCCGGCGGGCGGGGCCCACGGCUCGGAGGCCGCGCGGAGGAGCGGCGGCAUGGCGGCGGCGGCCGAGGAGCCGAGUCGGGGGAGCAGUUGGUUCUGGUGGAAUUAUCAGGAAUUAUUGAUUCAGACUUUCUCUCAAAAUGUGAAAAUAAAUGCAAGAUUUUGGGAAUUGAUACUGAGAAGCCCAUUCUGCAAGUGGACAGCUAUGUCUUUGCUGGAGAGUAUGAAGUUGCCUUCAUGUUUUUCUGCAGACACUCUUGGGACCUGUGUUAUAUUUGAAGAAAAUGUUGAACAUGUGGAUGCAGAAGGCAAUAAUAAAACAGUGCUAAAAUAUAAAUGCCACACAAUGAAGAAGCUCAGCAUGACAAGAACUCUUCUGACAGAAAAGAAGGAAGGAGAAGAAAACAUAGGUGGUGUGGAAUGGCUGCAAAUCAAGGAAAAUGAUUUCUCCUGUAGACCCAACAUGAUUUGUAGUUUUCUGCAUGAAAAUGAAGAGGAUGAAGUUGUAGCUCCAGACCCAGAUAAAUCUUUGGAGUUGGAAGAGCAAGAGAUUCAAAUGAAAGAUAAUUCAAACCUGAGUUAUGAACAGGAGAAACCACCGAACUUGGAUAUAGAGGAUUCUGGUCCUCUUAUUGAUAUCCCUUCUGAGACAGAAGGCUCUGUUUUUAUGGAAACUCAAGAAACUGCCUUAGAAAUCACUCCUAGAUGAAAUGUUUCUCAUAAAAACUAGUCAUGAACUUUUUAGAGUUUUUAUAUAAAAUAACUGGCUUUGUAGUUUUCAGUUCACAAUUUUAUUAUUUUUGUUGGCUAUAUACACAUUUCCAAUUAUAAUAUAGUUUAAUAUACUAGAAUCAUUAAGGACCAGAUAUGAGUUUUUAAAAAUAUGGUUUCAAUGACUAUAGGGACCCUUCUGUGAUGAGUCCUUUAAAAUGGGGGUUUUACUAAGGUAAGUGUGAGUUUCUAUUGCAGCCAUCACAAAUUACCACAGACUUAGUGGCUAAAGUGUAUUAAGCUACAUAAGUGUAUUAUCUUAUAGUUUUGUAGGUCAGCCAUCUGAUAUGGGUCUCACCUGGGCUAAAAUCAAGGUAUUUGCAGAGCUUCAUUCUCUUCUGGACGUGGCGUGGGGGACUCCAUUUCCUUGUUCAUUCAGUUGUUGGUAGAAUUCAGUUCUUUGCAGCUGAAGGAUCACGGUCCCAUUUCCUUGCUGUUGGCUGAGAGCCAUGCCCAGCUUCUAGAGGCUGCCUGCAUUCCUUCACUCAUGGUCCCCUUCUCUUCAAAGCCAGCAAUGGUCAAGUCCCUCUCAGUCUUUGAAUCUCUCCUGCUUCUUCCAUAAUCUUAUUGAUGAUGGACCCUUCUGCCUUCUUUUAAAGGUCCAUUUGAUUACACUGGGCACAUAUGGGUAACUUCCCUAUUUUAAGGUCUAUAACCUUAAUUCCAUCUGCAAAGUCCCUUUUGCCAUGUAAUUUAAACAGGCAUAAAACUGAGAAUUAUGGCAUGAAAAUAUUUAGGGGGCCAUUUUCCAGUCUACCAAAGUCAGUAUUACUCCUGAGAAUAGAAAAAGAAUUCAGAAGUGCUUAAGGGUGAAGGUACAGUUCUGAUAUUCCAGCUGUAAUUUCACUUCUUUCCCACUGAAGAAAGAUGAUUGGAAUUCAGCUGUAACAUUCUACAAUGUUAUGGUGAUAACCUAGAUCUACCCUAGCUUGUAUUUUUUAAGUAGUCACAAACUUUGAUACAGGUUGAACUAUAUGAAAUUACCAAUAUUUGUUUCUACAGAACUCUGCAAUUUUAUAUGGUUUAACCUGGUACUAAUAAGUUAAAACACUCCUCACGUUAAUUAUAUCUCACAACUGUUGGAGGUGUAACUUUGUUGUGACAGAUUAAAGAACUAAUGUUCUAGGAUGAGGAAUUUUUUCCUUCAGUAGGUUUUGUAAAUUUUUACUGUUUAUUUGGAAAACAAACUUACCCUGAUUAAAAGCAUUUCCAAAUCAUAAGUGUGUAUCCUCCCAAUUUUUAUAUGACUUUAGUGUCAGCUUUUGUUUAAUCAAAAGCUUAUUUUUUUCUACCAAAUGGUAUGAAGUCUCUAUGUGGAGAGACUGCUAAUUACUUGAGCCAGCAUCUGGUCUUCCUUUAUUUCUUUGUAACAGAAUCCCAGAAUUUAUUCAGGUUAGCAGUGUGCCCAGCUUUCCUCAUAUAUAUGAAAGUGGCCGUAUUAUCUAGAUGUUAGUUCUUCCCAGCUUGAUCUAUACUUUCAAUGCAAUCCAAAAUAAAAUCACAGCAAGGUUUUUAUGGAUAUUGUCAAACCAACUCUAAAGUUUAUAUGGAGAGGGAAAGACCCAGAAUAGCCAAUACAAUAUUGAAGAACAUAGUAGGAGGACUUCACGACUUACUAUAAAACUACAGUAAUAGAGACAGUGGGAACUGCUGAAAGAAUAGACAAAUAGGUCAAUGGAAGAGAAUAGAGAGCCCAGAAACAGACAUACAUAUAGUAAACUGAUCUUAGAUCAAGGAGCAAAGGCAAUACAAUGGAGCAAAGAUAGUCUUUUCAAUAAAUGGUCCUGGGACAACUGAAUAUCCAUAUGCAAAAGAAUGAAGUGGGACCCCCCCCCCAUCUCUACUAUAUAUAUAUAUAUUUAUUCAAAAUGGACCAAAGGUCUAACUGAAUGUAAGAGCUUAAAAUGAUAAAACUCUUUGAAGAAAAUAUAGAUAUAAAUCUUUAGAGACUUCACUGGUGGCCCAGUGGUUAAGAAUCCGCCUGCCAAUGCAGGAGACAUGGGUUCAGUCCCUGGUCCAGGAAGAUCCCACAUGUUGCAGAGCAACUAAGCCCGUGUGCCACAGCAACUGAGCCUGCACUCUAGAGCCUGUGAGCCACAACUACUGAGCCUAUGCACCACAAUUACUGAAGCCUGCAUGCUCUAAGGUCUGCGUGCUGCAACUAUGGAAGCCCACGCGCCUAGAGCCCGUGCUCCCCAGCAAGAGAAGCCACCGCAAUGAGAAGCCCGCGCACCACAACGAAGAGUAGCCUCUGCUCACCUCAACUAGAGGAAGCUGGCGUGCAGCAACGAAGACCCAAUACAGCCAAAAAAAAAAAAAAAAUCUUUUAUUAUGUUGGAUUAGGAAAUGGCCUCUUAGAUGUAACACGAAAAUUGCAAGCAACGAAAAAAAAAAUGGAUAUAUUGCACUUCAUCAAAAUUGAAAAGUUUUUCGCUUCAAAGGACACUAUCUAGAAAAUGAAAAAGCCUAUUCAAUUGGAGAAAAUAUUUGCAAAUUAUAUAUCAGAUAAGGGACUUGUAUGUAGAAUAUAUUGGAAACUAUUACAACUCAACAAUAAAAAGACAACCCAAUUUAAAAAUGAGCAAAGAUUCGAAUAGACAUUUUCCUGAAGAAGGUAUACAAAUGGCCAAUCAGCCCAUGGAAAAAAUGCUCAAAAUCGUUUGUCAUCAGGGAAAUGCAAGUGAAAACCACAAUGAGAUACUACUUUACACCUGCUAGGAUGGCUUAAUGAAAAAAGAUGGACAAUAGCAAAUUUUGGAGAGGAAUGGAGAAGUUGGAACCUGUGAUUAAUAGAAUAAUGCUCUCCCCAAAAGAUGCCCAUGCCUAAACUCAGGGAUCUGUGAAUAUGUUACCUUAAUUGGCCAAAGGGAAUUUGCUAUAUGAUUAAGUUAAGGAUCUUGCGAUGGGGGUUAUUAUUGUGGAUUAUCCAGUUGGGCCACAUGUAAUCACACGGGUUUUAUAAGAGGGAUUCAGAAGUGUCAGAGUCAGAGAAAAAGAAGUUGUGGCAGUAGAAACAGAAGUUCAAGUGAUGCCUUUUGAAGAUGGAGGAAUACCAAGGAAUGCAAACAGCUUCUAUAAACUGGAAAGGCAAAGAAACAGAGUCUCCCUGGAGCUUCUGGGGGAAUGUAGCCCUACUGACAACUUAAUUUUAGACGUGUAAAACUAAUUUUAGGCUUCGGGCUUCUAG